AUGGCCAAGCGCACUCUCGACACAUACUUCUCCUCCUCAACGCCAAACAAGAAGGCCCGUCCUGAUGAGCCUCUACCAGCCCUGGCCGAAAAGGACACUUCCCUAGGAUCCAUAACCAAGACAACAAACCAUCCCACAUACCCCUGGCCGAUCCCUCACCUGCCCAGCCACGUCGCGGGGGAAAUCGAACUCCUCGUCACGGCCCAAGGCAAGGAGAUCCGGAACCAGCCGCACCUGGACCUGGUAUAUUUCCAACCGUUCAUCCCAAAAUCCAUCGAGAGGGACCUCUUCCACUUCUUCCGCUCCGAGCUGUUCUUCUACCGCGUCAGGUACACCAUCAAACGGUUCGGCAAGGAGACCCUCAUCAACACGCCGCGGUUCACCACGGUCUUUGGGAUCGACGAGACGAGUCGCUUUGCGGGUGACGACGGGUCACGAAUCGUCGAGGCCUCAGACCCAUCCAGGACGGUCCGGGAGGACAAAUAUAAGUGCCAACCACGCCCAAUCCCGGAGUGUCUGGAUCUCCUGCGCCGGGUGACGGAAGCGAACACCAACACCUCGUACAACUUCUGCCUGGUGAACUAUUACGCGUCGGGCAACGACAGCAUCUCGUUCCACAGCGACGACGAGCGGUUCCUCGGGCCCGAGCCAGCCAUUGCUUCAUUCACCCUGGGCGCCAAGAGGGAUUUCUUGAUGAAGCACAAACCGCCUCGAGACGGCGAGCCGCGGCUGGAGACCAAGGACAUCAAGUUGCCCCUGGCCAGCGGCGAUAUGGUGCUGAUGCGAGGCCCAACGCAGUCAAACUGGCUACACAGCAUCCCGAAACGGAAGGGCGCUGAGGCCGACAGAGGUCGAAUCAACAUCACUCUGCGUCGGGCGAUGAUCCCGGCGGGCACCGAAAAUUACUACCGAUACAAUGUCGGCGAGGGCGGCGCGUACAAGUGGGACAGCUCCAAGAAAGAGAUGGUGCCCUGGCCCGUCAAGAACGGGUGA